UUUCGUACGAGUUAUCCGAUUAGAUAGACGAGACGUAGAUGGCCGUUUUCGGCCAAUAGAAAAUCGGUAUGUAAAAAUGCUAGGAAAAGUGCGGAACGCCUCCCGGUGGCGCAUCGGAUUUCGUGUUAUAGUCGUUUAGUUCGAUCGAGGUCGGAGCGGGUAUAGAGGACGGUGUAAGUGGUCAUGUGGAGGCGAGGAUAUUUAAUUUAACAUGUCAAAGACUAAAUUCACCAUCGACGACGCCUUCGAAACGGAGGAAGACGAGGCGGUGAGGUGUUACGGUACCACGGAGAGCACUCCUUUGAAGCCAAAGAGCAACGAUAGCGUCAUCGUCAGUGUAGCCGAUCCCUUCUUAAUUAAAGUAGAAGAACCUACGAAGGGCAAAUUCGGAAGACUCAAAAUCACCAACGACAGCUUGUCUAAAGAUAGUGAUUCUUUAAUUCAGAGUGAUGUGUACGGUAAAGAAAAAUACGAUUCGAGAUCAAGUUGGUGGAAACAUCCAAAAGUAAAAGAAAAUUGGAAAGUUAUGUUGGCAGCAUUUGGCCUUCUAUUUAUCGGUUUAGGUUUACUUAUCACUGGUGUUGUAGUUCAAGUUUUACCCGAUAUGGGGGUUCAAAGUUUCGUGUUUUUCAUUGCUGGUGCCAUCUGUUUUAUACCAGGAGCUUAUCACGUGGUGUACGUCUACUGCGCAGUCAAAGGAAAGAAGGGAUACGAUUUCUAUAAUUUACCCCUUUUUAACUAAUUGUAUAUACGAACCGUUUCCCCCUAAGUAAACGUGACUUUGGUUUCCUACAUAAUUUGUACAUUGUGUAUGAUAGUGCCAUACGUUACAAGAUUAUAUUGCACGCACCGAUCUGUUUUCGUUUUGCCACGUUCCCAUUGAUUUGUGUAAUCGCGGAACGUUUAUCCAUAAUCAAAACUAAUUUUCGUAUCGUGCGCCCGGGCGACUUUCCUAACGAGUUCAGUAUUAACGGGUGCGUCCGAACCUUCUGUGUAAAGACAAUUGGCAUUAUUAUAUUAUCGUAAUAGCAAUUCUGGUCGUCGAGGACGAAAUUUGUUUCGCUUUCUACGUAAUUUGGCAUUAGCCGUAGAAUUAGCCGACGUAAAACUUAAUCGCACGCAACUUCACGCUGACAAUUGUAUAUAAUUUACUAUGGAAAGUGUCUUUGUUUUUAACCGUGUUUGUCAUACAUCUGUAUAUUCACGUAACCGUAAAUAAACUUUUUUAUUAUUGUUUAA